UAUAACUUGACGCGGGACAAUCAGACUGAUUCUUGUUGUUACAUUCAGUAUAAAAUUGGACACAUUUCCUAACGAAGUACAGGGAUUACAGAUGAGCCAUGUUCGGAUCCGUUCCCCUGUAUUUCGUCAUUGCAAUAAUAGCUGGGAUAGGUGUUGUCGGCAUCUUGGUAGGUUUCUGCUCAUGUUGGAUGUGUAAGCAGUGUUACUUGUGCUACGAAAAGAAGAACGAAGCUCGACAGCGACGACGUAGAAAACGAAAACGUCGUCAACAACAACAGUAUGAUGAGUAUGACGAUGACGACGAGUAUGAUGAAUUCGAUGACAACAUCUAUUAUUCCAAACAGAACGCCAACGACAAUCCAAGACAUCAGCGACCUAGGCUCGAAUCACAUGCCGUACCAAGAAAUCCCACUAAAGGUGGUGUAAGUGUAUUCCCUUCACGUAAUAAUGAUAGACAUCACAUUGAAGAUGAACGCGGACCGACCAGAAGUAAAACUAGACAAGCUGGUGACGACAGAAACACCUCAGUUGCUGGGAGAUCUACAUGCGCUAGACGCCACUCUCCUAAAACCAUUGAUAACAACGAAGACGAGAAAAAAGGAUGUGCUUUGUUCUGCACCUAUUGUUGCUGUUGUUGCGACUCAUUGGAUGAUGCAUACUAUUACGACUCCGAUGAUGAAGAAAGCGAGGACGAUGAAAAUCCAAAAGAAAGGGGCACAUCUGCGAAAAAAGGCCAUGCAGUUGCAGCUGUAUCUCAACACACGUCUAGUGGUGACAAAAAUAUUGACAAAAAUAUAUCAAACGAUAAAAAUAGGGAAACAUCAAAAGAAAAACCGAAAACACAACAAGGUCCAACAAAUGCUAAAGAACCCGAAAGUAAAGAAGUGAAAGCAAAGAAGAACAAAGAAAAAAACCCCAAAGAACCAAAAGAUAAAGAAAUGAAAGAAAAGAAUAAAAAAGAUAAGAGAAACAAAGGAAAUGCAUGUUGUGCAGGUUGUAUAAUUCCAUCGGACAGCGAUGAUAUCGAAGAUUCAGAUUAUGAGGAGGAAUGGGAUUAUGAUGAUGACGAUGAAGGAAUCAAAAGAUCUCCAAAUAGUUGUGACAAAAAUAUUGACAAAAAUAUAUCAAACGAUAAAAAUAGGGAAACAUCAAAAGAAAAACCGAAAACACAACAAGGUCCAACAAAUGCUAAAGAACCCGAAAGUAAAGAAGUGAAAGCAAAAAAGAACAAAGAAAAAAAAACCAAAGCACCAAAAGAUAAAGAAAUGAAAGAAAAGAAUAAAAAAGAUAAGAGAAACAAAGGAAAAGCAUGUUGUGCAGGUUGUAUAAUUCCAUCGGACAGCGAUGAUAUCGAAGAUUCAGAUUAUGAGGAGGAAUGGGAUUAUGAUGAUGACGAUGAUGGAAUCAGAAGAUCUCCAAAUAGUUGUGACAAAAAUAUUGACAAAAAUAUAUCAAACGAUAACAAUAGGGAAACAUCAAAUGAAGAACCGAACACACAACCAGAUCCAACAAAUGCUAAAGAACCCGAAAGUAAAGAAGUGAAAGCAAAGAAGAACAAAGAAAAGAAAAAAAAAGAAUCAAAAGAUAAAGAAAUGAAAGAAAAGAAUAAAGAAGAAAAGAGAAACAAAGGAAAUGCAUGUUGUGCAGGUUGUAUAAUUCAAUCGGACAGCGAUGAUAUCGAAGAUUCAGAUUAUGAGGAGGAAUGGGAUUAUGAUGAUGACGAUGAUGAAAUCAGAAGAUCUCCAAAUAAUUUAAACAAUAAAAACGGAAUAAUGCCAACGACUGCCGGUAAUCAAAAGAGGGGAAAAUCCGUAAUAGGCCGUCCUAAAAGUAACAAAAACUUCAUAGACGAAAGGCAGAAAAAAAAUAAUGAAAUACCCACUGCAAAAGACACACGUAGCAAUCAAAUGGUGUGCUGUUGCUUUGGUUAUGAAAGUGACGACGAGUAUUUCGACGAUUGUGAUGAUGAGUAUAGUGAGGAGGAAAACUAUGACUCUGAUUCACUCGAAAGCCCAGAAAAUAAAGGAGCAACAGCAAUUAUUGGAACCAAUACUGCUGCGAGAACGGAAGGGAAAGGCGGCCGAAAAACUGCAAAAACACCCCGCCCGCGAUCGGGGAAACGGAGUACAUCGAAGAAAUCAAAAGACAACAAAAAGUGCAAAGCUUGUUUUCUGUGCAGGAUAAAGUGUAUUGGAUGUGCAGCGUGUUGCAAAAAGAAACAAAUGGGCGAAGAAGAAAGCAAUUACGAUUCUGACGACGAUGACCUCUAUGACAGUGAUGAUGAUGAAGAUGCAGCAGAUGAUUACACGGUGAUUGCGGCCGGAGGAGCCGCCGCAUCGGUGACAGGGGUGCAUGCUUCUAAAUCAGGAAAAGCUAGAGUGUACAGAUCGAAACGCAAAGCAAAACCCAAGAAUAUUCCAAAUUAUAUGAAAAAGAAAAGAAUCUGCUGCUUUGUUAUCAAACGUUCUGAAAAAAACUGUAAACAAAAUACCAAAAAAGCGAGUAAAAUAUCUAAAAAGAGAAAAGUAAAAGAAAGUACAGCAAAUCAAAACAAAACAGACACAAUAAACAUGCCAAAUGAGAACAUCGACGUUGCUGACAAGAAAACAACAAAGCCACCGAUACUGGUUGCAUCUGCAUUAGAAGCGACGCCGGAAGAAUAUAACAAUGUGCGUAAUGAUGAAAAGAUAAACAAUGCACUUGACUCGUCUACGACAAAUAACCGAAUAUUCAAUGAAAACAGAACUAAUACUUAUGCUCAAUCAGGCGCCGUAUCUGGAACACAAACAAUCCAAAAUCAAGGAACGCGAACAAACCAAAAUGUCACAGAGAAAAAUCCACUGACGAAAACCAAACCCGUGGAGUCGUAUAUGGACGCAAAAUACGGCGCAACUAAACCCAAUGUUACUUUUGCUGAAGAUGUUAACCGGGGCCAGAGUUAUCUAAACCAAAGCAACAUUGGCAAAAAUUAUGAUGGUUCGAGCAACAGUACAAAAGCAAAAACUCCAGAACCUGUUCUUUUGACCAAGAAUACAGCAGAGAAAAGGAAUGCGGCAGUGUCUGCCUUGUUUGCAUCAAGCAAUACUGCAGUUGAAACAAGUAAAGUGACAGGUGUAAAUAGAUCUGCAAAUGAAAUUACAAAAAAUGAAGACCAACGGUCAAAUGCUAAUAAUCGGCGUUCUGACGAUGCGACUAGUGAUGUUCCUUCGGAAACGAAGAAAACACAAGAGGAAAGGAAGACAGAACGAAAGGAAAAGAAGAAAGAAAAAACAAAAGCGGUGAUGACUUUGUUGUCAGGAAGCCUUUUCCCCAAAAGUAGCGCGAGUUCAAUAACAUCAAUAACGAACCAGACAACUAGAAAUGGUGGCCAAUCAUUGAACCAUCAGACUACAUGGACAGCUGGUGCUCUAACGGCCGCUGUACCCGUGUCGUUAUACAAAGAUCGAAACACCAGCAACAAUAAUAUAACUGAUGGACCUGCUGAGCCCGAACGGCACAAUUCAAAUAACCCAAAUGAAUCUCUACAUAACACUGUGCCGAACGGAGGAGCGAUAUCCAGCACUAAUGGGUAUAACCCUAUAAAUAUUGACGACAAUCAAUCAAAUAACCAUCAUUUAAGUGGCUCCGAAAAUAAUGGUAUGCAAACGACUGCACUAUCUAUGCUUGAUUCGCAGCACACCGACCGGAAACCUAUCUCAAAUUCAAAUCAAAACCAAUCUGGAUACAAUCAACCAAUCAGAAAUGAUCAUUCUUACUAUUCUGUUGGUGAUAAUGCGGUGACUGCAAUGGCUGCAUCGACAGCAGUCAAUCAAACAAAUGGAAUAAACACGGGCCAGAAUAGUAGUCUAACAGCGGCAAAUCAAACCAAACCGCCCACAAUCCCGGUAAAGAGCGAUGGAAUCCCUCCCCAAGGAGUUGGCAUGAAAGCAAGAGGUCGUAAAAACUGGAAGGCAGUUGCUUCUUUGGCAGUAGCGAAGGAAUUUACGAUGCCCAACAUGAAGGCAGAUUGGGAUGUAACGGGAGGUAACUCGAACAAAGGGGUCGGACAAGAUAAAAGAGAACCUACAUCUAAGUUUGCAGCAAGUGUCUCUGCCAUGAUGGCGAAACAACACUUCAUUAAGGCAAGAGAGCCUCGUAAAAACGAGCCUGCAUGGGACUUAUUGGAAGGAAAACCAAAAGACAUGCAAACAGAAGAAAUUAUUCCUAAAACAACUAUGCGUAAGAGCAGGAGCUUGAAUACGCUUUUUGAGAAUGAAACGGACAUAUUUUCCGUUGAUCUACCAACAAAACGACGAAAAAAACGCCAAGAAGAUUUUGAUUGGGAUGCAAUCUCUUCAAUGGCAAGUGAACGAGGAGCAAAUCGCCCACCUCGCUUCAACCAGCCUAGUAUAUUGAUGGACGAUAGCAAUCCCAUUACAAACACGAGGUUCCAAGGAGGGCCUUCACGACGGACUUCGCUCACAAAUAUACGUCAUUGAAAGUGAUAUCACCAAAUUUCAGCAAUGACAGAGGCUUCACCAAACUUAGUUCUUCCGGAACUGACGUGGACGUCACCAACAUUCAACAUUGAGAUGGGAGUUAUAAACAUUUGUCAUUCUUUUAUAAUUGGUGACACGAGUAUCCGGAACUGUGGACGACGAAUAUCCUUUUUUUUUAAUAGACAUUAUAUUGUAAAUACCUUGGAUAAAUCCACUCUGGUAGCAUUCCAUCGAUGUAUGUAGGCAAUUGCGUACAAAAGGUAACACAUUACACAGUUAACGUAGGUGUUAUGCAUGUGUAUGGCAUGAUUUAUUAAGAAUCUAAACAUAAUUGAUCAUCAACUCAACUUGUCAGUUGACUUCAAACAAUCGUUGUAUGCAUAAUGCACUUAUCAUACUACUUGUGAAAUAUUAAGAUUUUCUUAAAGAUUUCACAGCAAGAAGCAAUACAAACGAUGUGUAAGCAUUAAUCUACAGUGUUAAAUAGUGUUGGGUAUCAGAAAGCAAUAAUCAGUAGACUAUCACUAGGCUACAUGGUUGAAAAUAUAUCGAAAAAACCUCGUAGUGUUCACCUCUCACCUGCGAUAAAUUUGUUGAUAACAUCACAGACAUUCAUUGUGUAAAUAUAUGGUGCUUUAUACAAUCUGGAAAUUAAAAACCGAAGAGCGCUCGCAAUGUACACAUAGUAAUAAAUCACGUAACCAUUUACAACUGUGAUAAAUAAACGAACUUUGUUUUAACUUCUGACGAUGUCAAACGAUG